AUCAAUCUUUCCAUCAAAACGAAUGACUGAUGAAAACUUAUUUAAAACUGCUUUAAAAGUGUAUUUAUUAAAGUGUCAACGUUUCAUAAUUCGCGCCAUGGAUAUUUUCAUAAGAAACUUCAGAGGUUAUGAAAUAUCGAAUUCAUAACAAUUAAAAAGCAUGCUUUAUAUUUAAAUCCAAAUUUAUUUACAAAAAUAACAAAUACAAAAUAAUUAACAAGUUUAAAUAUUAAAAUAAAAAAUGAGGUGGAUGACACGACAGUUUUCGUUACCAAUUUUACUCGGUAUAUCCUUAACAAGUGUGAGCAUUGCUAUAUUAUACGUAUUAUACAAAAAGGAUGAAGAAGAUAUUAAAUCUAGAAAAAAUCAUGUUGAAAUUUCAAAACGAUUUACUGCAGAAUGUAAAGUACCUAGACAAUUCGUUCCUGCUGUUAUUGGAAGAGGUGGUUCAAUGAUAAAAGAUAUACAAAAUAAAACUGGAACACAGAUACAUUUUAAAGAAGAUAACAUUGAUUGCCCUGAUCGUAUUUGCAUCAUAAAAGGAAGCUAUGAAAGUGUACAUUUAGCUGAAGAAAUGAUAAAGUCUAUAAUCCAAAAUCAGCCCAUAAUUGAAACAUAUGAAAUGUACGUACCUCAAAGAGCAUGUGGAAGAAUAAUAGGAAGAGGUGGUGAAGUUAUACAUCAAAUUCAAGCAACAUCUAGUGCAAAAGUCAUUAUUGAAAGCAGUUAUACUCCUUAUGAUCCAAAUGCUGAAAGAAGAAUUAUUAUAAAAGGAACAGCUGAACAAAUUGCUACAGCUUUGUUACAAAUUGAAGAUAAAGUUCGAGAAGAAAAAGAAGCACGUACAAAGUUAGAGGCUUCUUCUGCUUCAAGAUUGCCUAGAGGAAAAUUAUCUCCACGUAAUACUAAAAAUAAUAUACAAUCUGAACAGGUUCAAACUACUGAAUUAUUACCAGUUUCUGACGGUGGAAUGGAAGUAUAUAUAUCUGCAAUGGAAACUCCUAGUCAAUUUUGGGUACAAGUUGUAGGUCCUGGAACUACUGCACUAGAUAAAUUAGUAUCUGAUAUGACUGUUUAUUAUAAUGAUGAAAAAAAUCAUGAAUUGCAUAAAUUAAGAAAUAUAACGCUCGGUCAAAUAGUAGCAGCAAAAUUCAGUUUUAAUGAACAAUGGUAUAGAGCUGAAGUUAUUUCUGCACCUGAAGAUGGUCAAUGUGAAGUUUAUUUCGUGGAUUAUGGAGAUCGUGAAAUGGUUCAGCUUGAUUGCAUAUUGGAACUUCGAACCGAUUUUCUCAGCUUAAGAUUGCAAGCGAUCGAAUGUUCAUUGGCUAAUAUUAAACCAAGAGACAACGAUUGGAGCGUAGAUGCUUGUAACUUGUUCGCAGAGUUCACUUGUGUGGCUGAAUGGAUAGUGUUGACGGCUAAAGUUAGAGGUUACAAAGAACGGACUUUUGGCUAUGGAAGAUCUCGACGAGAAGGUUCUCCGAUUCCUUGCGUGGACCUUUUUUGUGAUACGACCGUUAAUGUCGGUCAAGAGUUGAUAAAUGAAGGCUUCGCCGAGUUAGAAGAGAAUUUGUCAUCGGCAGCUUCCUCGACGUUGUCGUUAUCCAAUCGAAGCCACGAAGUCACGGCUAUUUCAACUCCCGCGUCUACUUCCCCAUUGGCGAAACGAGCUUUGAGUCCUGAAAUGUUAACAGAUACUCCGAAUAAAUUAGAUUCGACUUCCGAAUUGCAAAAUACUUCGGUCAUAGAUUUGAAGAUAACUUCUAAUGUACAUGGGCUUUCUCAAAUUGAAGAAAUCGAUUUAGUAACACCACAGAAACCCAGUACACGAAUCGAGGAGAUCGAUCUGGUGACACCGGUGAAGGACGAGACCAAACAUUUCAUCGAGAACGAGAAGAAAGUGCAGCACGAGGAUGGGCGUGGUGAUUAUCUGCGGAACGGAAAUAGCAAUCAGUAUGGGAGAUCUUGCAAUUCUCAGAUGAAAGUCGCCAAAUACUCGCCAAUCGCGCCGGCUGGCUACGAAAGCGAUAUUUCGGAUGAUUCAGGCGAGAUGGAACUAGGGUAAAUCCAAAGAAACGGCCAUAUCUUUUUUUCUUUUUCCAUCGAGUUACGCUUCUAUUCUUUUUUUUUUGGCCUCGUAGUCGUUUAGGAUAUAACAAUUUAAUCUUUAAUCUCGAUAGAAAAA